AAUGACUGUACAGUUUGGACAAUAAUGUGCUAUUAUAGUGUAUAAAAGUGAUUAUAUCUCAUCAGCUAGCUUGAAGAUUUCUUCGUAAACAACUUGUUGGUUUAGAACUAAGAAACGGAUAACUAGCUUAUGUUUUGUAAUACAUUUUAUAGUGUACACCGGAGUGCCUUCGAUCAAUACAAUAGUUUGUGUUCUUUACACUUUUAUUUAACAAAUAUUUUAUGAAAUCGACAAGAAAAUAUUGGUUAGAAACACAUAUUUUUGUUUUUAAAAUUACAAGUGGACAAGACAAUGUAAUCAGUGCGCGUAAUUUAUAUUAAUUCCGUAGCACAACAACAGUUUCACUUUUGUAAAUCAUGUGAGAAAAGGAUCUCAAAUUUAAUUAGUUCUUCCUUGAUUAACAAUGGCAUUAACAAUAUAGAAAAUACUUACAUAAGCUUUUCUUCCAUAAAAUUCUGAAGGACACAUGAUUCUAAUUGAAUGUUGUUUUACUGAAACGAACAGCUCAUUGUGCUUGUCUAUAGUCUUGUACUUUUGUACUACGUAUUCGUCUCUAGCAAUCCAAAAAUCAUUUAUUUAAAGAACUUGUUAAAUUUAAAUUAGUAUUCCUUAAAAAUUGACAAGGAAAAUUAAAACAUGCAAAAUACAAUGCUUUCAAAAACAGCUAAUUAACAAUUAGUGCGCAAAUGUCUUUCUCUUUCAAUAUAAAUAAGUAAUUGCGCUGAUUUUAAUGUUCUCGUAUCUUAUGUAAAGACAUGUCAUAAAUAACUACUGUAAAUGCAAUCUUUAAAUAUAUCGUUUGCUCCAAAAACAGUUUGUAAUGUAUGUGAAAGUCUGUAUAGUAAUAUUAGCACUAGUUACAAUGUUAUGUGAAUGUGUCAGUGCUUUAAAUCAAAACAAGUUUGUUGGAAUCAGAAAUAAACUAAAUUUUGUAGAUAAAACUUUACUGAUUAGAGAAAUUUUGAAACACAGGAUAGUUUUCAUAAGUGCUCCUAAAGGUUUUGGAAAGUCCACAAAUCUUGAAAUGAUCGGUUUGUUCUUAUCGAACCGCCACAAAAAGAGUGAGAUAGCGAUACAUUUCAAAGAAACUAAAAUAUCAGAUGAAAAGGAAUUUGUAAAGGCUCACCUCGGUGAGUACCCAGUGAUCCAGUGCGAUCUUUUAGCGGAAAGUGAUUUCACUAGUUUUGAGUCAGUACUAGCCUCAUUUAAAGAGUCACUUCACAGUGCCUUUGUGGAGCACAGAUACUUACUAAAGAGUGAGAAAAUCCCUAAGGAAAUGAAGACUAUUUUGAAACAAUACACUAACUUAACAGAUAUUCUACAAGCGAACAGCACCGAAGAAGUCGUUGAAGGCCUGGACUUUCUAUCGGAAAUACUUCACAAACAUUAUGCCAAACCUGUAGUAUUGUUGGUAAACGGGUUUGGCCAAGCAGUGACCGAAAAUAUUAUUCAGAAAAGUGAAGAUGUCACUUCUAUUUUAAAUCUGUACUCGUUGAUGAUUCGAACCACGUUUGUAAACAGCAGUACAAUAUCUCAUGUGGUGUUAAGUGGGGAGACUUGGCUCUACGGACUAAAAGGCACACCUUUGACUUUAAUAGAUUACGCCGGUUUCCUGCAAAGACCAGAGUUUAGUCUCUUCUACGGAUUCACUCACAAUGAAGCAGAUGACCUGAUGAGGAGAUUUAAAGUUCAAGGGGAUCAAAGAGAAGAGGCUUACAAGUGGUUCGGCGGAUACUCCAGCCUUGAUGGGAAAGUUCAAGUUUUCAAUCCAACUUCACUACUUAAAUUUCUUCAAUACAAACAUUUAAAAAAGUAUUGGAUAGGUUCCCAGCUAGGUACAGACUUGAUUGAAUUAAUGCUUCAUGAGUUAAAUUUCAAGAAUAACUUCACAAAUUUAGUAACAAAUGGAAGUUAUUCGGUAAAAAUUAAUCUUGAAAAAGACAUGCGAUUAGUAUGUUUGGAAAAUCUUAAAAACAAAAUUACACAAAUACCGGAACACUGUGGAAAUUUCUUCUAUCGAGUUCUUUUGGAAGCAGGGUAUCUAACAUUUAUGGAUAAUCAGGGUAAAGACAAAAAGAAUGUGGCUUUAGCUUUGCCGAAUGAAGAAAUUCGUUCUUACUUUAACCGUUACAUUUCAAAAUUUAAUGUUGUACAGUGGCAUAAUGAAAGUUUUGUGAAUUUGGAACAGAUAUUGUCAAAAACGUAACACUGGUGAUGUUGAUUACUUGGUGUGGAUAAUGUUUUCAUUGAGUGCCUAAGUAAGACAGUCAGAAAGAACGUUGUUUGAACACAACAAAAGGAUUGAUAGUACUAUAUCCCCUUGUGCAUGUAAAGUUCUAGUUGAUUGGAACAUCCAUCAAGUAUUAGAGAUGAAUACACCUUAACGCUUGUGGUACAAUAUAAAAAUCAUGCUAUAUCUACAUUAGUUACUUGUGUUAUUAGGAAUGUGUCACUAAUGGUGUGUUAGUAUUUUUAGGUAAUGCAACCAGCUAUAGGUUAGAUAUCUUCUUUUCACAUUUCUUCUUAGGUUAGAAUUUUCUAGUCACAGCUUUAUAAAACAAAUUUCAUGUUAAUAGGAAAGAUAGAAAAAUAAUUGUUAUUACCCCUAAGGACUUACAGAUUAACGUAUAAUUCUUAGGUAAUUUUUAACCACCUCGAGGAAAAUGGCUGAAGUUAAGGUGUAAUUUUUUAAAUUACGUUAAUAAAUUAUGACAUCAGGGGAUCAUACAUUAUUUAAUGAUUCAAAACUCAAGAAAAUGCCAUAUUUAAUUCCAAAAAGUACUACUUCUGGGAAUUGCCUUUUCCACAGAAACAUGUUAUCCACAGAAAUCUGUAAUAAAUCUGUAAUGUAAAAUCUGUCUCUCUGUAAUCUUUCAUUAUAAAUAUGUAAGAAAAU